ACUAUCACAAGAAAGGACUAAAAACCUAACUUUCAAUGUUAUCUAUAAGCUUAGUUUUAUAAACAAUGCUAUAGUUCGACUUGAGCCUGAUGCAUUUUCUACUUUCAUAACAAUAAAGGUAUUAACCAUCUCAUCCGAACCAUCAUUGCUAGCAUCAGAUGUAAUGAAUGCAUUGAACAAUAUGAAUACUGCUCAUCUAAAGUCACUCAACCUAAUAAACAACGAUUGGAUGUUUCUUCCAGACGACAUGUUUAAGGCAAUAAAAACGAAUAAAAUUAAAAAAAUUAACCUCAACAGAAAUAAUCUUCAACUGUUGAAUUUCUCAUGGUUUUCAAAUAUGUCUCACUUGAUAAAUCUGAGAGUCAGUUUUAAUAAAAUUUCAAUAAUUCUACAAGACAGUAUUCUCAGCCUGAACAAACUUUAUCUAGACAGCAAUGAAAUUACAAAAUUUCCACAGUUUUGUACGAAUCAUGAUAAUAACAGUGCACUUCCAAACUUGAGAUAUUUAUCUCUGACAAAUAAUAAAAUAGCAAAAUUAAAUGUUGGACAAUUUCGAUGUUUUUCGAAGCUUCGAUCAUUGAAAAUUGAUAAUAAUUGGAUCGUUAGUAUUCAUAAUAAUACUUUUACAGAUUUGAAAGUAUUAACUAAUCUCAGUAUACAGGCUGUAGGAAAACAGUUGAAAACAAUUGAAGAUGGAUCAUUUAAUAUACCGUCAUUACAAAUGGUAUCCCUCCGAGAUUGUCAUUUCCAUUUUGAUAGUCUAUCAGCGACGGAGCAAAGUAGUAUGCUGUCAAGCUGCAAUGAUUUAAGAUUUCUUGAUCUUGGUGGAAAUUUUUUGAAUUCAACAACUUUGACUAGGAUAAUAUCACAAUUAAAACAGUUAAGAUAUCUUAACUUGGAAAACACAAGGCUUGGCUAUUUGUCUGACAACGUAUUUCCAAAACUACUAGCGAUUGAAACGCUCAUCAUGUCCAGUAAUCGAAUAUAUGGAUGGGAUAAAUAUGUGUUUGAUCAUGUGGCAUCUCUGCAAUAUCUAGAUUUGUUCAAUAAUCUAAUAACGAUAGUAAACGAAUCAUCUUUUCCGACUGCGUUACUGGCAAAUUUGAAAAGGAUAAAUUUAGGCGGAAAUCGAUUUGCUUGUACAUGUGAACAGAUAUGGUUCGUUAAUUGGUUACGGCGCACAAACAUAACACUUUGCGACUACCCAAAUCGUUAUUUUUGUACUACACCAGAUAUUUAUAAUCACAAAUUGUUGAAAGAUUACAAACCUUCCUUUUUGUCGUGCAACCCAAUCAUUACGAUUAUAAUUUCAAUGUCUGCAUUAGUUUGCCUGUUAAUAUCGACAAUGAUAAUUUUUCUGAAAUGUAGUACAAAUAUUAAGAACUUUUUAUACCUCCUCAAAGUUAAACAGUUUAGACGACAAGGUUAUCUUCCUAUUGUAAAUAGUGAAGAUUAUGAAUAUCACGCUUUUCUUGUUUAUUGUGAUGAGAACCGAAUAUGGGUUCAUAACGACUUCGUCAAAAAACUUGAAAAUGAGGAGGGAUUUAAGUUCUGCAUUUAUCACAGAGACUUUGAUGUAGGAGAAUCUGUCAUUGGAAACGUUGAUAAAUACCUUAAAAAGUCGUGGAAGGUUAUUGUUAUUAUAUCAAAUGCAUUUGCGAAAAGCGAAUGGUGUCAGUGGGAAGUCGAUAUAAUUCAGGAGAGAAGACGUCGACAAGGCAGAAAUGCACUUCUCUUAGUAGUACUUGAAAAUAUCACCUCUAAAAACAUGACAAGUCCUCUCCGUACUUUACUAGAAAGUACCCCACAUCUGAGGUACAAAAAAGGAAUUGGUGAAAAUUUAUUUUGGGCUGCCGUAAUUAAAGAUCUUCGAAAAGCCGUCGGACACCCUCCGAUUUCUGAAUUAUAGAUAUAAGUUGUUAUUGAACGAGGGUCAGUUUCAAUAUGUACUAAUGUUUGUGUAGCGUUGAUUUGUUUUCAAUAUUGGUAUGAUAUUGUGUUUGUUGAAAAGGAAAUGUUGAUCAUACGUCAUUAUUUCAUCAAAGAAACAACAGAAAUAACAUAAAAAAAGCAUAUAGAAACAGUAUCUUCAAGAAUAGCGACUAUGCAAUACGCAUAAAUAAUUCUAAAUAUUUGUGAACAUAUAGAAAAAUACCGGAUAACAGAUGACAAAAACAUAAUAUGAAUAACAAAACAAACCGUAUUUA